AUGAACCAAGAACAGGCACUCGUGCAGGUUCCCUUCUCAACCAGCGAUCUGGACAAGGCACUAGUGCGUGGGCAUAAUGAAGACUCCCAACUGAGUCGUAUAGCAGCAGCCACAAUUGGAACGGUUGAAAAUGGAGGUCCUGGUCAUAACAUUCUCUCCGUAGAGGCCAUCCCAUGGUUUGCAGCUAUUGAACUUGCACACUGCUUCACCCGGGAUGAUGUCAAAAAGGUCAUGAGAGAGCAACUAUUCCCUGCCGGCAUCUCUUGCGACUUAGGAGCUGGUUACAUGGAAACGGUUAACGGUUCAGGCAUGAAUGGGCACUUGAGAUGGGAGGACGUUGGUCCUCAACCGGCUACGGACAUCAGAGUCUCCUGGCAAGCCAAAAUGUUCUUUUGGAGGAGCCAGAAAGAGCCAGAGGAUAAGUACACUUUUCAGAUCAUACGGCCUGGAGAUUUGUUGACACAUGUCGAAACAAGCAAAGGGCAACAGACACAACUGUUUGCCACCCAAAAGCAAUUUAGACCGUCUUAUGCGACGUAUGAACUUGCACGGGAAUUUCCAAAGACUUUGUUGUUCAGCUGCACCCGUGAUUGGGAAGAGUCCGGCAACUUGUCAGAGGAGGUACCACUGGGGACAGACCCUGCAACGCUACUUGAAGACGUCCAUAGUAUUGGAAAACACUCUGUUGAACGUACUAAAGCCUAG